UCUAAAUUUUCUUAAGCUCUCUUUUGUUCUUCUUGUCAUCCUAGCUAGCAUUUUGCCUAGCAUUUGAAUAAUAAAGCUGACUAGCUUACUUGUUUUCGCGAGAAAGUAGCUAGUGCCACACGGUUCGUUGGUAGAAAAGACCAAGUCCGUGACAAUUGUCGUGGAACGACGGCGUAAUAAAGGCUAACGAUCUCGCAGAGACGGCAAGUUUAAAGGUCCCGCGCAGCUGAUCUUGUCAAUUACAAGGACCAAUGAAAGAAUUUGGACCAUCGUCGUAAAUGUCAUCAAAACCUAAAAAAAGACUCUAAAUAGAACAAGAAUGAUACCAUGCGCUCUAAUUUGUUUCGAAUAACUUCAAAGAUUAGUGCUUUAGGAAGUUCAGGUUAUAUAGUUCAUGCUCGCAAACUGUUCGACGAAAUGCCCAACAGAGACACAGUUGCUUGGAAUUCAAUGAUCACUAGCUAUUCUCAACUUGGUUUUCAUCAAGAAGCACUCUCUAUCUUCUAUCAAAUGAGAAACACCAAUACUAAACCUGAUCAUUUCACAUUUACAGCAACUUUAAGUGCAUGUGCAGGUGCUGGCUCCUUCCCAUUUGGAACCAAAAUUCACGCUCUGGUUAUUAUUUUAGGGUACCACUCUUCAUUGCCAGUCAAUAACUCGCUUAUAGAUAUGUAUGGGAAGUGUUUCGAUGCUUUUAGUGCUGGUCAAGUAUUUAAAGAAAUGGGGGAUAUUAAUGAAGUAUCAUGGUGUUCACUUUUGUUUGCAUAUACAAAUUCUGGUCGGUUUAGUGAAGCAAGCGAGAUUUUUAAUUUAAUGCCUAGAAAGUUUGAAAUUGCCUGGAAUACAAUGAUAGCUGGCCUUGGCCGAUAUGGUGAAAUUGAAUUAUGUUUGGAUAUGUUUAGAGAGAUGCGAGAAAGUUUGUUAGAGCCUGAUCAAUGGACUUAUAGUGCCCUUAUAAGCGCUUGCACUGAAUCAUUAGAGUUCUUAUCUGGGUGUAUGUUGCAUGGCCUCGUUAUUAGGAGCGGUUGGAGUUCUGCAAUGGAGGCAAAGAAUUCUAUUCUCAGCUUGUAUGCAAAAUUUGGUUCCUUGAAUGAUGCUUUGAAGGUGGUCGAAUCUACUGGAAGGCUAACACAGGUGUCUUGGAAUGCUAUUAUUGAUGCUUAUAUGAAAGUUGGAUAUGUCAAUGAAGCAUAUCUCAUGUUUCAGUCUUUGCCAGAAAAGAACAUUGUUUCAUGGACAUCUAUGAUUACAGGAUAUGCUAGAAAUGGAUAUGGAGAAGAAGCUCUUAGGUUCUUUGUUGCCAUGGCAAGCAAUUGUUUUCUUCCAGAUGAUUUUACAUUUGGCGCUGUCCUGCAUGCUUGUUCAAGUUUAGCAGUAUUAGGGCAUGGUAGAAUGGUCCAUGGAUGUGCAAUUCGCAAUGGUUUCAGUACUUAUUUGUAUGUUGGUAAUGGUUUAGUUAAUAUGUAUGCUAAGUGUGGAGAUUUAGAUGGGUCAAUUCUGGCAUUUCAUGAUAUUUGUGCAAAAGAUUUAGUCUCUUUCAAUGCUUUGUUAUUUGCAUUCGGGUUACAUGGAAAGGCUAGCGAAGCUUUACAGUUAUAUGAAGAUAUGAUGACAUGUGGGACAAAACCAGAUAAAAUGACUUUCAUUGGCUUGUUAAUGACCUGCAGUCACUCGGGGCUUAUAGAAGAAGGUCGCUUAUUUUUCAAUUCAAUGAAGUCAGUUCAUGGACUUUCAUAUGAAGCAGAUCAUGUGGCAUGCAUGGUGGAUAUGCUUGGCCGAGGUGGCUACUUAGCAGAAGCAAAAGAGCUGGUUAAGAAAUAUUCAAAAACAAGUGAUGUUGAGGCCAGUUCAUGUGAGGCUCUGCUUGGAGCAUGUUCUGCACAUGGUGAAGUAGAAAUGGGGACUUAUUUGGGGAAGACUUUGAAGACUUUAGAGCCGAAUAAAGAGAUAAGCUAUGUGCUUCAAUCGAAUUUGUAUUGUGUGCGUGGGCAAUGGAAGGAAGCAGAGAUGGUUAGAAAGGCAAUGGUGGAUGAAGGGUUGAAAAAAAUGCCCGGUUGCAGUUGGAUUGAGGUGAGAAAUAAGGUCACAGCUUUUGUAGCGGGAAACCAUUUGUACCCUUACACCGACGAGUUAUAUAAGACAUUAUAUUUCCUCGAGUUUGAAAUGAGAAGUCCAUGUUUUAGUGGCAGUGAGAAAUGAUGGAAUUUCAGCCUGACCUUCGGUACUUGCAGAGGCGAAACCAAAGGCUGAUGACUUCUUUGUACAUAGAAACUGCAUAGAUGUCUAAAGAUUGUAGAUUUUCUUUCAGAAGUUGACAAUGAACUUAGAUCUCAGUAUCACAACUCAAGGUUAUUGAUGUAGCCGAAUGGAAGAAUGGAAGAGUUGGAACUGUAGCCAUAGCUUGAAGGAUUGAAUUGAUGAGAACUUGGCUGUUGAUGGUAAUAGAUUAGUUGAGAGUUAGUUACACUGUUGCUAAUCAGUUGACAUUCUGUUAGGAGUAGUUAUUUUCAUAUUUGUUCUUGAUUCCAAAGACUUGCUGACUUAGCAAUGCUGUUAGCUAAAUCUACUAGCUAUAAAAGCAAUCAUUGAUGUAAUACCAUUCAUAUGAUCACCAAUAACAAAUACUUUUCCUUGUCUC